CUUCUCUCCGGUUCUUCUCCCUCAUGACCUGGGUGUUUUGACUCGAUGCUGCUGCGUUUCCCUAAAAAACCUGGGAUUUGCUGUGACAGGGAGCCAGAGCUGCCCCUGCCCCAUUCCAGGCCCCAAAUCCCUGGGGGAUCGGAGCUCGGAUAGGUCACACCUGAGCUCCAGAGAGCCCCAAACCUCUCCUCACCCUCGGCGUGGCUUUGGGGCCGCACCCGGCUAUUAUUGGGUGGCCACACCCGUAAUUUUGGCUCCUCUUUCAUCUCGCAGGAGCUCAACUUGAAAGGGUGACCCAGGGAGGGCCCGGAGGUGCUCGGGGAGUCACGGAACAGCUCAGGAGGGGGAAGUGCCGAGGUCUGAAAGGUGGCACGAACCUCCUCAGCUGCAAUUCCGGAUUUUUUCAGCCUCUUGAGAGCAGAACCUGGAGCUGAGGACAGAACUUUCGGUCCCCUCCUAAACACACCCCGCUUCGAACCACUGACCGUGAGGAGAGCGGGGCGUGGGCGAGUUUUGAUGCUGAAUCACAAAAAAUCCCGCAAAUCGCUGCUUUUCUGCUCUCCCCCGCAGGUCUGAGGGCCCCGCUCCGCCAUGCACUACCCCGGGGAGCGCUGCACCCCGCUGCUCCUGCCGGGCCCCAAAUUCAUCACCGAGACCCUCCCGCAGUGCCCGGCGCACGCCGAGGCCUUCGCCAACACCUGCCACCCCCUGAGCAUCACCAAGAGCCCGGUGCCGCGCUGGCACAGCUGUCCCCAAGCGCUGCCCGCCGCCACCCAGGUGUCGCUGGUGCCGUGCCAGCCGCUGGUGCAGAAGUGCGUGCUGCUCUACCCGGAGCCCUGCGAGACCACGCGGCUGCUGCCGCGCCUGGAGCCCGUCCCGAGGGGCGCCGGCCUCACCCAGACGCUGCCGGCCUUCGAGAGGCCCCGCGGCGACAAGAAACGCGUGGCCAGGAGCCUCCCGCCCUGCGCCCCGCGCUGCCCCGAGCCGGGCCGGCUGCGCUUCCCCCCGUGCGGCAUCCGCUCCUCGGCGUCCUGCCGGGGCGAGUGCCGCUCGCACAAGGUGGCCAAGUGCCCCUCGCGCUGCGCCGAGCUGCGCCCGCCGCCGGGGCUGACCAGCGGCUACUCGCUGCCCCUCCGCGGGGUCACCGAGUGUCCCCCGCAGCAGAGCUUCGGCCACUCCUUCCUGCAGGAGUACCUGGGCGGUGUCGCCCCGCACCGCUGCUCCAAGGGGUACCCGACGCAGGAAUGCGUCACCGGCUACUCCUCGGAGCAGCGCCUGAGCACCGCCCGGAGCGGUGUGGCCGUCAAGGAGACCAGGGAGUGUCCCCCGCACAAACCGGUGGCCAAGGGCUCGCUGCUGCACGAGGGGACCAAGGCCAGGAGCUCCUCCGCGCAGCACCUGAGCAAGUCCCGCUGUCCCCACCUCCGCGCGUCCCCGCGCCCCUCCCGCCUGUCCUCGGCGGGGGCCAAGCGCUCCGGGCACUCCAAGAAAAGUCGCUGCGCUUCCAAGUGUCUCUGGUGAGGGAGGAGCAGGAGCCUGGAAUCCCUCAGCAGAUGGAGCUGCGGGCUCGGGGGGGUCCCCCCUCCAUUCCCAGUCCUACCCCCCAAGCCUGGUUUUACCCCUUAUCGUGCCCGUGUUAAGCUCACAGAGUGAAUCCCCUGUUUUAUUUGACCCCAAAUUCGGAUUUUCCAGCACCAGGAAGGUGUUGGGGAGAGGCUGAGGAGCUCUGAGCCACUUGGAACCUCCACCCAGCGCCUUCGUGACAACGUUUGCACCCUGUUUUUACUGUUGUGGGAUCAAUUCUACUCUGGUUGUGCCACUCACAUUAAACUCAGGUUGCAGCUGA